AUGAUAGAGAUCGCAGCCCGGAAUACUACUUGGCUCAUGAGAGUACUGAUCUCGGCAAACUUUGAAGAAGAUUACAAUGUUGAGAACACGGUCAUUGCCCGCGCAGAAUGUGUACAGAUACGAUCUACUACGUUACAAUCGGGUGGUGUUUAUUUGAAACCUUUGUGCUACUUGACGGACGAGCGCGUAAAUGGGGCGCUCGACACUUGGCCAGCGUAUCACUUCGAAGCUGUGCAUAUUAUUCGCCCCAUCUCGAAGGAACGCAAGGCCAUAAUCGUGCUUAAUUUGGCACAUGAGGCGCAGGCUAUCGAUAGGUGGCGAUUAUCUCUACAAGCAGUUCCCCCGGAUGAUGGCCGUGGUCUCUUGGACGAGAGUGAUGACAAGCUGCAGGAGCGCAUCCACUUGGUAAAGGCAAAUUAUUCCCGUGGUGCCUCGCUGGAAGAGAUCAGUCUAGCGCUGGUCAAUGCAGCACGACGAGGUAGUCGUGGUAUGCGGCAUCGUGUCCUCAUGGCGGAGGCGGAUAUGGUGACGGGUACGCGCAUGAAAGAGCGUUUUCCUGCGCAUAUUUUGUGCUGGAAUUGA